ACUUUUUAUGGUAUACUUCUGUGUUCUAUCUGCAUUUUUUUUCGAUAACAACUGCGUCUCGAAUAAUCGUUUAGUGGCAGUCCGAUAAACCGGCCUGAGCAACAUUACGGCUAAAUAGUUAAUGUGCAAGUGAAAUUUUUCAUAACAAUACGCAGAUCGAUAUUUGCUUUAAGUUCACACCAAAAAGAAGAAAAAUCAGACAAAAUGCCUGAAUUAGCAGAAACUCAAUUGGAAAGCCCGCCACCAGCUGCAGAGCCGGUUGCUCGCAUCGAAGAUGAUGAAGAUGAAGACUCUGAUGACACAAUUCCAGAGCUUGAAGAUGCUGGAAAUGCCACAACUCAAUUGGGCGGCGGUGCCACCGGUCUACCAGUUGACAUGGUAUCCAAAGCAAAGCAAUCGCGCGGUGAAAAGAAGGCCCGAAAGAUUAUGUCAAAAUUAGGACUGAAACCCGUACAAGGCGUCAAUCGGGUGACCAUUCGCAAAUCGAAAAACAUUCUGUUUGUGAUCAACAAUCCAGAUGUCUACAAAAAUCCGCACAGCGAUACGUACAUCAUCUUCGGUGAGGCGAAAAUCGAAGAUCUAUCGCAACAAGCACAAUUGGCUGCCGCCGAGAAAUUCAAAGGACCCGAACCAUCGGCCGGUGCGAUUGAUGCGUCCGGUGCGAAUGCAACAGUGGCGCCAAUUGCUGAAGAGGACGAAGAGGAGGUGGACGAAACGGGCGUGGAUGAAAAGGAUAUUGAACUGGUCAUGUCGCAGGCGAAUGUGCCGCGAACUAGGGCAAUACGUGCGCUGAAAAACAAUAGCAACGAUAUUGUUAAUGCAAUUAUGGAGUUAACGAUGUAGAAUUUCCAACUGUGAAGUUUAGACGAUCGGUUGAGAGACAAAAAUAAACAAGAAAUAUUAAGUUCUCGUAUAAUUCAUUCACUCCUGUAAUAACCUAACCAACCACUUCAGCGCUUUUCUUCUUUUUUUCUAUCAAUGCAUCGGAUUUGGUAUGGAUUUCAUUUUGCAUUUUGUUUUUAUAUUUCAUACGAUCAAAAUGUUAGUUUUGAAGUGUAAUUUGAUUUAAUGUUACAUCGACAACACAAAAAUAAAGAGAAAAAAAAAAAUUGAAAUGGAAGGCAAUUUGCAUCCAUAUUGAAAGUU